AUGCCGUUGGAGGGGAUGAAGCCCGGCGGCGGCGUGGCGAUCCAGCAGGGCGGCGACCCGGGCACGGUGCCGUCGGCGUCGUCGGGGAGCGGCGAGCACGCGAAGGAGGAGAGCGGCGAGCACGCCGGCAAGGAGGGGAGCAGCAGCACCAGCAAGGAGGGGGAGAAGUCGGCCAAGAGCUGCCUGACCAAGGAGGAGUGCCACAAGAAGCGCCUGCUCUGCGGCAAGGGCUGCACCAUGUCCGCCCACGCCAAGUGCGCCGCCAAGUGCUCCAAGUCCUGCAUCGCCACCUGCUAG